CGGACCCCUCGCUCAAUGGGCGAUGUCUGCACAAGGCUGUCACUCAGGUGGCAGUGGCUGAGACGUGGCCGGGCAGCUCUGCUGCUGCGGCGCAAAGUCGAGAGGCGGCAGGCUCCGUGGUACGCGCUCGCGGUGCUCCGAGGCUCCGAGCGGCGAGACGAGCGGGCGCCGACGGCAGGGUCUCCAUGCCCGCGCGUGGGGCGGGCCGCUGAUGGAGCGCGCCACCCGGCCCGGGCCGCGCGCGCUGCUGCUGCUUCUGCUGCUGGGCUGCGCGGCGGGGAUCUCGGCGGUCGCGCGCGCCCGCAGCUUGCUUGCUCCCACGUCGGAUACGGCGUUUGGCUUGGGGGCAGCGGCCGCCCCGACUUCGGCCGCGCGGGUACCUGCGAUGGCUACGGCCGAAGUGACUGUGGAGGACGCCGAGGCAUUGCCGGCUACCGCGGGCGAACAGGAGUCACGCGCGACGGAGCCGGAUGACGACGUGGAACUGCGGCCUCGCGGCAGGUCCUUAGUGAUCAUCAGCACUUUAGAUGGACGAAUCGCUGCACUGGAUGCUGAGAAUCAUGGGAAAAAGCAGUGGGAUUUGGACGUGGGAUCUGGUUCCUUGGUUUCAUCUAGCCUCAGCAAGCCAGAGGUGUUUGGGAAUAAGAUGAUAAUUCCUUCCCUGGAUGGAGACCUCUUCCAGUGGGAUCGAGACCGAGAGAGCAUGGAGGCCGUCCCUUUCACUGUGGAGUCCCUUCUCGAGUCUUCAUAUAAGUUUGGAGAUGAUGUUGUUCUGGUUGGAGGGAAAUCUCUGACUACAUACGGACUCAGUGCAUUUAGUGGAAAGCUGCGGUAUAUCUGUUCUGCCUUGGGAUGUCGCCGAUGGGAUAGCGAUGAGAUGGAAGAAGAGGAAGACAUCUUGCUUCUGCAACGCACACAGAAGACCGUUAGAGCUGUCGGGCCUCGAAGCGGCAGUGAGAAGUGGAAUUUCAGUGUUGGCCACUUUGAACUUCGGUAUAUUCCAGACAUGGAAACUAGAGCCGGAUUCAUUGAAAGCACCUUUAAACCGGGUGGAAACAAAGAAGACUCUAAAAUUAUUUCAGAUGUGGAAGAACAAGAAGCCACCAUGCUGGACACAGUGAUAAAAGUUUCCGUUGCUGAUUGGAAGGUCAUGGCGUUUAGUAAGAAGGGAGGCCGCUUGGAAUGGGAGUACCAGUUUUGUACUCCCAUUGCGUCUGCCUGGCUGGUGAGGGAUGGCAAAGUCAUCCCCAUUAGUUUAUUCGAUGAUACAAGUUACGCAGCCAAUGAAGAAGUUUUGGAAGACGAAGAAGACAUUGUAGAGGCUGCUCGGGGAGCCACAGAGAACAGCGUGUACUUAGGGAUGUACAGAGGCCAGCUGUACCUGCAGUCAUCCGUCAGGGUCUCAGAAAAGUUCCCUACAAGCCCAAAGGCCUUGGAGUCUGUAAAUGGCGAAAAUGCAAUUAUUCCACUCCCGACGAUCAAAUGGAAGCCCUUAAUCCAUUCUCCUUCUAGGACUCCUGUCUUGGUUGGGUCUGAUGAAUUUGACAAAUGUCUAAGUAAUGAUAAAUAUUCCCAUGAAGAAUACAGUAAUGGUGCCCUUUCAAUCCUCCAGUAUCCAUAUGAUAACGGUUACUAUCUGCCUUACUACAAGAGAGAAAGGAAUAAGCGGAGCAUGCAGAUCAGGUUCCUGGACAGCCCACACUACAGCAAGAACACCCGCAAGAAGGACCCCAUCCUCCUCCUGCACUGGUGGAAGGAAAUAUUUGGAACGAUCCUGCUCUGCAUCGUAGCCACGACCUUUAUCGUGCGCAGGCUUUUCCAUCCUCAACCCCACAGGCAGCGGAAGGAGUCUGAAACUCAGUGCCAAACUGAAAGUAAAUACGACUCUGUGAGUGCUGAUGCGAGUGACAACAGCUGGAACGACGCAAAACACUCAGGAUACGUGUCCCGAUAUCUAACAGAUUUUGAGCCAAUUCAGUGCAUGGGUCGUGGUGGCUUUGGAGUUGUUUUUGAAGCUAAAAACAAAGUAGAUGACUGCAAUUAUGCUAUCAAGAGGAUCCGUCUCCCCAACAGGGAAUUGGCACGGGAGAAGGUAAUGCGGGAAGUUAAAGCCUUGGCUAAGCUGGAACACCCAGGCAUUGUGAGGUAUUUCAAUGCCUGGCUGGAAACACCACCAGAGAAGUGGCAAGAAGCGAUGGAUGAAAUCUGGCUGAAAGACGAAAGCACAGACUGGCCACUCAGUUCUCCUAGCCCAAUGGAUGCCCCAUCUGUUAAGAUCCGAAGGAUGGAUCCUUUCUCUACAAAAGAACAAAUUGAAGUCAUAGCUCCUUCUUCUGAAAGAAGUCGGUCUUUCUCAGUGGGCAUUUCCUGUGGCCAGACAAGCUCAUCUGAGAGCCAGUUCUCUCCCCUGGAGUUCUCAGGGACAGACUGUGGAGACAACAGUGACUCAGCAGACGCAGCCCACAACCUCCAGGACAGUUGCUUGACAGACUGUGAUGACAUGGAAGAUGGUACAGUGGAUGGCAAUGAUGAGGGACACUCCUUUGAACUUUGUCCUUCUGAAGCUUCUCCCUAUACCAGGUCAAGGGAGGGAACUUCCUCUUCCAUAGUGUUUGAAGACUCUGGCUGCGAUAAUGCAUCCAGUAAGGAGGACCCCAGGGUGAACCGGCUACAUAAUGGCAACCAUUAUGUUAAUAAGCUAACUGAUUUCAAGUACUCCAGCAGCAGAUCUUCUUCAGAAGCCACCUUGUCUACCUCUCCUACCAGGCCAACCACUCUAAGUUUAGAUUUCACCAGGAACACUGUGGACCAGCUCCAGCCCAGCUCCCCCAAGGUGUAUCUGUACAUUCAGAUGCAACUGUGCAGGAAGGAGAAUCUUAAAGACUGGAUGAACGGACGCUGCAGCAUGGAGGAGAGGGAGCACAGCGUGUGCCUGCACAUCUUCCUGCAGAUCGCAGAGGCAGUGGAGUUCCUGCACAGCAAGGGACUCAUGCACAGGGACCUCAAGCCUUCCAACAUAUUCUUCACAAUGGAUGAUGUGGUCAAAGUUGGGGACUUUGGGCUAGUGACUGCCAUGGACCAGGAUGAAGAAGAGCAGACUGUACUGACUCCAAUGCCAGCCUAUGCUACACACACGGGACAAGUAGGGACCAAGCUAUACAUGAGCCCAGAGCAGAUUCAUGGAAACAACUACUCCCAUAAAGUGGACAUCUUCUCUUUAGGCUUGAUUCUGUUUGAACUCCUUUACCCAUUCAGCACACAGAUGGAACGAGUCAGGAUUUUAACUGAUGUAAGAAAUCUCAAGUUCCCACCACUGUUCACUCAGAAAUAUCCCCAAGAGCAUACGAUGGUUCAAGACAUGCUGUCUCCAUCCCCCACGGAGAGGCCUGAAGCCACAGACAUCAUUGAAAAUGCUGUAUUUGAAAACUUGGAGUUUCCCGGGAAAACGGUUCUGAGACAGCGAUCCCGCUCCAUGAGUUCAUCCGGAACAAAACAUUCCAGACAGCCCAGCAGCUCGUACAGCCCACUGCCUGGCAACUAGCCUUCAGUUGGGCCAGCAACCCUCGAGGUGAUUGAUGGAGCAGCCACCUGGAGGAAUGCGGCUCUCCACAGCGGUGGACUCAGAUUUUUAUGCUUUGAUCAAUUUGACUUGGGACCAAUUACUCGAGAUCAGGCUGGAUUAUGGGCCUAACCCAGUUUGAUCUUAACUGAACUUCAAGGAAAGGGCUAUGUAAGUGACACGUGGACUUGUUUCUUGUUGGUGUCCCGAGACUAGCUGGUCAAGCUUUAGAACCUUCACGUUUCACCAGGAGGUAGAAGAGAUCCUGAAAUGAUCUGAACUGGAAAUGUCUUUAAAGCACAAAAGUGUAAAAGACCCUCUCACAUGGUGACUGCAUGUUCUAGAAACGUGCUUUCUAGAGAUGCAAGGGUGAUUUUGGAAGUGACAGUUAGAAAGCUGACUCUGCUCUUGUCCCUGGUGAACACUGACCCGUCUGCACUAUUUUGGAAGGCACAUAGCACAAGCUGGUCGCCAUUUAUGUCAAUAGUGUCAUAGUCUGCAGCUUCAUUCUUUAGGCGGGUCUAGGGAACACUGUGAGCUUUCUUGUACUUUUUACCUCCAAUAAUGGGAAAAUGAAGCUUUUUAGGUAUUGGUCAAAAGAUCCGAUUUGAGGGGUUUUUUUUAAAUAAAAAAGUGUAGUAAGAAAUGGAUUAUCUAUAACAACUAACUUCUUUAAUUAUGGAAUUUUUAUUCUAGUAGAAUCCUAUCUUAAAUCUAAUACUACAAAUGGGUACAUCUCCCAUACUGAUUAUAGGUAAGUUUAAUCAUCUCAACUUGCUAACAUGUUUUCAUUUUUUCCUGUAAAUAUGUUUAUUUUUUAUUUAUAAAAAUUCUGAAAUCAAUCCAUUUGGGUUGGUGGUGUACAGAAUGCACAUAAGUGUGUUAACUAUUAUGACUUCUUUCAAGUCUAAAUGAUUUAAUAAAACUUUUUUAAAUUAUA